CAACAGGACGCCUCCUACUAUUACUAUCGCUGGCAGCUUUCUUAUGCACCCACAGGAAGCCUUAUUCCACCUCGACAUCGGAAAGUAAACCGCACUUUUUGACCCCCUUCUCCUUGUUUCAUUUUGCGAACCUGUUUCGACUGUCCGCAUAUCGUCUCCACAUCGCCUCCAUGGCAGGAGCACACAGUCGGUUAUUAUUAUUUUUCUGCCCCAGUCUGCCGGCAGUCACAUCUUAGCUAAGCCGACGUUCAGCUAUUUUUGUGUUCGUUAGUCUUUCCGUGAACAUACACAACGAGGGUUUAUUGGGUCGCGGCGGGGGUUGUUAUCAUUACAACUGUGUCCGAGGCGGCUGCUAACUGUUCUUGUACGGCUGCCUUGCUCGCUGAUUUGGAUGUUGUGGUGCGAACUAAAGCCGAAGUCGCCUUUCACUUGUAACCGAUGGACCCGGCUAACCGCUGACUUUAUGCUAAAUGUCGCAGGUUUUAACGCUCUCCGGUGCCGUUUCUUUUUCUUUGAUUGGACGGAAUUAGCUAACGUUAGGGCUGCACGCGCACACAGACAUAUACACAACCGCUUACCAAUGUUCGCGUACCACGGUCCGUCUCGACCUCGUCGUCCCUCGCUCAGACCCAGGUUGUUGUUUAUUCGCACCGCCUGUCAGUCCGCUGCCGAGAAGAGCAGGAGAACGCAUCUUGUUCAACACUGAUUUUGAUAACCUUUUUUUUUUUUUAAACAUUUUUUUCUAUUAUUGCUGCCAUGCAUGCGUAGAGCGACACCGAGAGAGGAACCGGGAGUUUUCGAGUGUUUCUUUUCUUUUUUCUUUCUUCUUUUUUUUAUUUUUUAAAUCUUUUCUACCCUGGCCAAACUUGAAGAAGACGCGUUUCCCAGGCGGUGUUAUAUGCUCUCCAGUGCUGAAGUGCUGCGUUUCAGGUGAUAGUGAGCUGAGGUGCUGAGAAUGAUGGAACAUCUCAGCGAGACGUGUUUGGGCAAGGAGAACUCUGAGAUGGUCAGCAGCAUGGCAGAGGCCAAGGCCCCGCCGGCCAAGCUGCCCCGGCUGGAGCAGAACGGCAGCCCCCUGGGCCGGGCCAGGCUGGGCAGCACCGGGGCCAAACUAGCCGGGGUCCCGUACAAACCCAGCGGCCACCUGCUGAAGACCUGCCACAGGAGAGGCAACAUGCUGCCUGUGUUCUGUGUGGUCGAGCACUACGAGAACCCCAUGGAUUUCGACAGCAAGGAGGAGCACGCCGAAUUUGUCCUGGUGCGUAAGGACAUGCUCUUCAACCAGCUCAUUGAGAUGGCCCUCCUGUCACUGGGCUACUCCCACAGCUCAGCAGCCCAGGCCAAAGGUAUGAUUCAGGUGGGGAAGUGGAAUCCCGUCCCCCUAUCGUAUGUGACAGAUGCACCGGACGCCACGGUGGCCGACAUGCUGCAGGACGUCUACCACGUGGUUACGCUUAAGAUCCAGCUGCACAGUUGUCCUAAGCUGGAGGACCUGCCGCCAGAGCAAUGGAGCCACUCUACAGUAAGAAACGCCCUCAAGGAGUUACUCAAAGACAUGAAUCAGAGCUCUCUGGCUAAAGAAUGUCCUUUAUCACAGAGUAUGAUUUCCUCCAUUGUGAACAGCACUUACUAUGCAAAUGUGUCGGCGGCGAAGUGUCAGGAAUUUGGGCGCUGGUAUAAACAUUUCAAGAAGACAAAAGAUAUGAUGGGCAUGCGCCAAUCCUCCCAGCUGGAGGGCUACCUGGGGACGUGUGUCCUCCGCGAGAGCCCGCGUGCCAAUGCACUAGCAGAGAUGGACGGCCUGUCUGAUCUGUCCCCUCCUGGCUCUAACCACAACCACAACCAUCUGGGUUUCUCCCAGCAGCAGCCUAUACCCGGCAGCACGGCAGAGCAGACUCCUUCCUCGCCGGUGCCACCUCUUCCUCAUGCUCCACCACCGCACGGCGGCCAGACCGGUGGCCGGCAACCCCAGCUUCCCGGUUUGCACCACCCGGGCUUGGUGUCCACGCCAAUCAGCCCCCAGCUGGUCAACCAGCAGCUGGUGAUGGCACAGAUCCUCAACCAGCAGUAUGCAGUGAACCGGCUGCUGGCGCAGCAGUCCUUGUCACAGCAGUACCUCAACCACCCGCCUGUCAACCGCAGCUCCCACACCAAGCCACUGGAGUCGCAGGUGGCAUCCAACACAGAGGUUUCCUCAGAAAUUUACCAGUGGGUGAGGGACGAGCUGAAGCGGGCGGGCAUCUCACAGGCCGUCUUUGCCAGAGUGGCCUUCAACAGAACCCAGGGCCUGCUGUCUGAAAUUCUACGUAAGGAGGAAGACCCCAAGACAGCGUCCCAAUCGCUGCUGGUCAACCUGCGCGCCAUGCAGAACUUCCUUCAGCUGCCUGAGGUCGAGCGCGACCGCAUCUACCAGGAGGAGAGGGAGCGCAGCCUCACGGCGGCCUCCGCGAUGGGCUCCGCCCCACUCAUCAGCACACCACCCAGCCGGCCUGUUCAGCCCCGCAGGGAAGACUGUAACAGCGUAAGGCCCGAGGACUGGAAUCCCAGAAUCCCCGUGGGCAUUUCACCUGUAAAACCCUCGCCUCUGCCAAGCGAGUGGAACGGCAAGACGGAAAGCUGCAUCCUUAACAUCAACUCCACCAUUUAUGAUGAGAUCCAGCAGGAAAUGAAGAGGGCCAAAGUGUCCCAGGCCCUGUUUGCAAAGGUCGCUGCAUCCAAGAGUCAGGGCUGGCUCUGUGAGCUGCUGCGUUGGAAGGAGGACCCAUCUCCGGAAAACCGGACACUGUGGGAGAACCUCUCCAUGAUCCGACGCUUCCUGAGCCUCUCCCAGGCCGAACGCGACGCCAUCUACGAGCAGGAGAGCAGCGCCGGCCAGCAGCACCACAACGAGCGGCCGCCACACCUGAUACACGUUUCCAGCGACCAGCUUCAGGCUCAGCUGCCUCAGACACAGCAGCACCAGCCCUCCUUGUCCCUCCACCCCUCCCAACCCCUUUUAUCCCAGCAGCCCUUACAGCAACAGCAACCCACCACCGGACCCCGAUUGCCACCACGUCAGCCCUCUACCGCCUCUCCGGCCGAAACAGAGGACGAGGGCAGCCGCAUAGGGAGCAUCAAAUCCCGCACCAGCGGAGGGAAGAUCUCGCUGGAGGCCCUGGGCAUCCUGCAGAGCUUCAUCCAGGACGUGGGCCUCUACCCCGACGAGGAGGCCAUUCACACCCUCUCGGCUCAGCUGGACUUGCCCAAACUCACUAUCAUCAAGUUCUUCCAGAACCAGCGCUUCUACGUCAAUCAUCCGGUCAAGGCCCUUAAGGAGCCCAGUAACAACAACAGCAUGGCAGCCAACACCAACACCAGCAGCAGCAGCAGCAGCGGCAGCAGCCCCGCCUUCGAGGAGGAGCUGACAGACUUCAGGGAGAGCGGAGAGCUGCUGAAGGAGCUGGAUGAGAGCACGCAGACCAACAGCACCAUCUUCUCCAUAAAGAUCGAAGAGCAGCUGGCUCGAGGCGCCGAGGCCCAGUCGGCGUUGGAGCAUGAGGUCAAAGAGUAGGACUUAACCCUCCACCAUCGUCUCGUCAUGUACUCCGAGUUUUCUCAUGCACACACAGACUGAUGACUGUGCUGCAUAUAAUGCUGCGGCAGACACAAAAACACCACACUGCAAACACGGAAAAGUAGUGUUCUCAGUCAGAACGGCACCCAGACUGAACGAGGAGUGUUUAUAACAUAUGAAACUUACAGGCUAUGUAAGACACACACUGGAAAGCCCAUUUCAGACUCAGUAAAACAAGGACUACUUUUUGGAUUUUGUAAAACUUGUAUUAUUUACUGUAAAGACUUAUGCAUCAUUUAAAUAAUCUGCACAAAAAAAAAUAUUCUGAGUAUGUUGCCGUGGAUAUUUGCUGACUGCACUCUAUGUAUGUUGUUUUACACUGACUAUCUUUUUUUGAACUACUGAUUAUAUUCUAAAGAAAAAAAAAAGUUCCCCUGGAGUUUGCUAGGACUUUGAUAGGUGUUUACGUAUGUGAUGUUUAACUGGAUUUUUUUUAAAAAUAGCAAAUGAAAUCAAGGACCAAGCAGUUGUCAAGGCCUUAAUUAUGAGGUAUCAAGUCUGGAAGCCUGCUGGCAGAUAAGUUAUUCUUUUAAAAAGAGCAUAAUGUAAUUAUGGAUCACUCCAAACUUUGGAACGCAAUCACCCAGCCCAGGUGCAUCUCUGAGAAUAGCUCAGUCUUUACUUAUUUGUUAGGGAAGAAAUAUAAAUAUAUAAAUAUAUAUAUAUAGACAUUAUAUUGUAACUGUAAAAAAAGACAAAAAAGAAAAAAAUAGUCUUAAAGAAACUAUGCCAACAAAUGCCUUGUACUAUACGGCACUGCCGAUGUUAGAUUAUUUUGCAAAACCUUUGUCACUGUAACUCUGAAUUGCCACACAGUUAGAAAUGUGAAUGACACAAUGUUUAUGUUGUCCGUUAUUUAUUUGCAGUUCAUGCAGUGUUUUUGAUGUAAUUACUUUUUUUAUUUUAAACGUUUUGUCACGUGGCGCUUAUUUCCUUACUCCUUUUUUUUCUAUUUAUAAAUGUAAUUUCAAUGGGCAGUAAAAACAAAAAGUGUCUUAAACGUUUUAAAUGGAGAAAUGUGCUUUAAAGGUUGCCUAUAAAGUGCUGUAUGUCGAGCAACUCAUGCUACAAGCUUCACGAUUAAUGUUGUAUGCAAUUUUUACUAUCAUGCAAAUAAGCUUAGGUAAAAUGACUAACCUAUAGAACACCUUAGAAAGAAAAAAUAUGCAAUCUGUGUAAAAGAAAAAGUGGAUGUCUGCGAUGCGUCUUCCUUUGGUUAAUGAUCCAAUUCAAAAGGCUUCUUAUGUAUAAAUCUCCUGUACAAAAGUGUUUCUUUUUUAUGAGUUAAUUUCAAUAAGAACACCAGUUAUUUUGUUACGACUGACUGUUUUAUAAGUGUUUCUCGGUUCGUCUCUGCAGAAAUGUUCUAACUAGAAGUGGUUAUCGAUUGUUUAAAUUACACAAUUAAACUGUUUGUAUUGUACCACAGAUUUCUUGGCAUUAACUUGACCAGACUCUUUUGGCCUCAGAGGGGUUUUUGUCGCCUCUGGAAACAAAGGAUGAGACAAUGUGAAUUGUUUUUAAAAGCUACUGCUGAGAGAAAACCAGCUGACUCGUUUUAGCUGAGGUCACUGAACACAUGUUGUUUGUAAUAACUGUAAAUAUCACAUCUUAUGAAUCAUUGAUUGUUUAUUAUUGUAAAUAUAUUUGAAGUUUGUGUAAGAGCUCACCGUACAAAACUGAAUUCAACGUUCUGUUGUGCCUCUUCCUCUCAGACCGACUGUACCUGGGCGCAUCUACUGCAUCUUCACUUCUACUACUGAGUGUAUCUGAAACACCUGUGAAAUCUGAAAUAAAUAAAAAUGUGAGGUGUGAACACCUGGAACGGCAAAGCCCACUACGAGGAGUUAAGAUCUGAAACAGCGCAGGUGUCCUGACCUCGCUGUGAACCCCAGGUGAGGACAGGUGUCUGCACCUUUAGGAAAUUACCCUCACCUGUUAACACCCUGAGAAACGUGCCAGCCUACCUGCCUGGGCCAGCAUUCCCUUGACAUUCUACUUUUUCCUUUUCUUCUUUUCUUUCCACGAAUAAAAAGCCAGAGUGUAACGUGUGUGUGUUCAGAGGAAAACACAAAUAUCGUUGACGUGUGAGACGCUCGGGAUGAUUCAUGCUGUUUGUCAGAGGUGAUGAUCAGAGGGGAAAAGAUGUGCGUUAGGAGGUGAAAAACUGAUUACCACAUGUCUUGAAAUAAAGAGGCAACAUUAAGCUUCA